AUGGCGACGCUGAGGAAUUUGAAGAUAAAGACAUCGACUUGCAAGAGGAUAAUGAAGGAGUUCCAUUCCUACGAGAAAGAGGUCCAAACGGAAGCCGCUAAGACCGCCGACAUGAAAGCCAAAGGGGCCGAUCCGUACGACCUCAAGCAACAGGAAAAUGUUUUGGCUGAAUCAAGGAUGAUGGUUCCUGAUUGCCGCAAGCGUUUGGAGGCUGCUCUUGCUGACCUUAAAGACACUUUAGCUGAGCUGGAAGAGUCGGGAGAAAAAGGAGGCUCGGAAUUUGAUGAUGCUCGGAGCAUAGUUUCAGAGCUGAUAGCUUCAUCGUCUUCGAAACUUCAGAACCAGAUUACCUUGAGCAGCCUCAGCAGCACAACAAUGGAGCAGACUUUCAUUAUGAUCAAGCCUGACGGCGUCCAAAGAGGCCUCGUUGGUGAAAUCAUUGGUAGAUUUGAGAAGAAAGGCUUCACCUUGAAAGGUCUUAAGCUACUUACUGUGGACCGCGCUUUUGCCGAGAGUCACUAUGCUGAUCUGUCGGCAAAGCCCUUCUUCAACGGGCUUGUCGAGUACAUUAUCUCGGGCCCAGUUGUUGCCAUGGUUUGGGAAGGCAAGAAUGUUGUGACUACAGGCAGAAAAAUAAUCGGAGCCACUAACCCUGCUCAAUCUGACCCGGGCACCAUUCGUGGUGACUAUGCCAUUGAUAUUGGGAGGAAUGUGAUUCACGGGAGUGAUGCUGUCGAGAGUGCAAGGAAGGAGAUUGCUCUGUGGUUUCCGGAAGGAAUUGCAGAAUGGAGGAGCAGCCUUCACUCAUGGAUCUAUGAAUAA